CCCCCGUCCCAGCGUCACGACACAGCGGUGUAGGAUGUAGCUCAGGACGUGGCUAACCAGCUACUAGUUACAGUAGGACGUCAGGAAAAUCAAAAACAUCGGGAUUAGGAUCUGUUUCACUACAUGUUCAAGGGCGGGGGUGUCUCUUUUCCCGGACAGAUGUUCUCUGCCUGAUGUCGCCGUUUUGCCUCCAGAGCUGAAUGGAAGCAUUUCCGGCCUUUUGAGGCUGUGUGUCCCAGGUAUGUACCAUGGGGUACGACAUUACGAGGUUCCAAGGGGAGGUGGAUGAAGACCUGCUGUGCCCCAUCUGUAGUGGAGUGCUGGAAGAACCAGUGCAGGCUCCUCACUGCGAGCAUGCCUUCUGUAACGCCUGUAUAACUCAGUGGUUCGCGCAGCAGCAGAUAUGUCCCGUGGACCGGACCGUGGUGACGCUGGCUCACCUCCGGCCCGUGCCGCGCAUCAUGCGUAACAUGCUCUCCAAGCUGCAGAUCAGCUGCGACAACGCCGGCUUCGGCUGCAGCGCCACGCUGCGCCUGGACCAGCUGCAGUCACACCUCAAAGACUGCGAACACAACCCCAAAAGACCCGUCAGCUGCGAGGAGGGCUGCGGGCUUGAGAUGCCCAAAGACGAGGUUCCUAACCACAACUGCAUCAAACACUUACGGACGGUGGUCGGUCAGCAGCAGACCAAGAUCUCCGAUCUGGAGAAAACCGUGGCGGAGCACAAGCACCAGCUGGGGGAGCAGAAGCGGGACAUCCAGCUGCUGAAGGCGUACAUGAGAGCGAUCCGCAGUGCCAACCCCAACCUGCAGAACCUGGAGGAGAGCAUCGAGUACAACGAGAUCCUCGAGUGGGUGAACUCCAUGCAGCCGGCUAGGGUGACCCGUUGGGGGGGGAUGAUCUCCACACCGGACGCCGUGCUGCAGGCCGUCAUCAAGCGCUCGCUGAUCGACAGCGGCUGCCCGCUCUCCAUCGUCAACGACCUGAUCGAGAACGCCCACGAGAGGAACUGGCCUCAGGGCCUCGCCACGCUGGAGACGCGGCAGAUGAACCGCCGAUACUACGAGAACUACGUCGCCAAGCGGAUCCCCGGGAAGCAGGCGGUGGUGGUGAUGGCGUGCGAGAACCAGCACAUGGGCGAGGACAUGAUUCUCGAGCCUGGACUCGUCAUGAUCUUCGCUCACGGCGUCGAGGAGAUCUUAUAACUCGCAGCGAGCGGGGUGACUUCCUGAUCUGACUCUGGCUUAUUGACCCUCCUGUCGUGUUCGAUGCCCCCCCCACUAUCUUUGGUGUUGCCGGGCAGACUUCACGUUGUGUCCUUACACUAACACAGUUCAACACAGCGUAGACUCACCCUGCUAGGGAGGAGACCCCACGGCCUCGAAGAGAUCAAAUGUAGAACACUAUAUUUAUGACGGAAGAAGAUCUGACCCGAACGCGACGGGGGGGUUAACAAAGAGACUCUGCUCGGCUUCAUGCCUUUGCCUUAAAGAAGGACACGUGAUGAACCCGGCUGAAAGAAAGACUGAUACCUGCCGACAGGUGAUGUUUACAGGUUUAUAUUUUGAUCUGAUUGUCCUCAUGAUAUAGUAAUAAGCUUGAAACCCCUGUUUAAUGCGCUCAGUUGUAUAAAUGCUUGUAAAUACAAAUACUAUAUUGAAUUCUAAAUGUCUCUUCCUCCUCUUGAGUUCCUGUGAGUCAGCGUGUUUCUGGACGAUGACUCGGAGGUUUUCUCGCGCUCGCUUCAGUUUCCUGUGAACAACAGGACGUUGUGCUUCUGAGUUCCGAUUGUCUGAACCUCCUGUGCCAUUUGUUUUAUUUAUUGUGUUGCCUUUUACACACACAUGCUUGAAGAUGUGAUGUCUGGAAAUCUGCCUUUCGGUGCAUUUGAAGUUCAUGCAGGAAGAAGAAGAAGAAGAAACGAUGAUCUGUGUUUUUCUGUCGCCUCAGAUUGUAAAUAUGGUCUGUUCGUUGGGUCCAGUGGAUGUUAAAUUUGAAGUUUAACAUUUGAGUUUUAUUUGACAAAUCGUAAUCAUGAUUCACUUUAUAAACUCUGCACAUCUGUUCUCAUCACUACAAACAUCAGAGGCUGUAAAGUAUUUGUAAAAUCACUCUAAUGGCUCCUUAUUGCUGUCAGACUCGGUUUAAAAAGCCCUCGGAGGAAACAGGAAGUUUGUUUUGUGCCCUUUUUAUUUUUAAUAUUCCCCUCUUAAUGUUUCUGUUUGUUUUGUGUCUGUUAUGUACCGUGUUGUACAGACAAAGUAAUAAAACAUGUCAAACUUCA